GGCAAACAAUUGAAUAAUAAAAAAAACUAACAAAAUGUUGCCCUCCAUUGUGGUUGUUGUUGCGGGGGAGAGACAACGAGCGAGAGAGUGUUGUACGGGAGAGGUGAAGAAAGAGCAAAGGCAAAGGCAAAGGCAAAAGGCACAAAUGCAAAAGCAAAGCAAUGGACAACACGUUACGUAUACGCCUCUUACGCCCCGCAUUUAGCAUUUUGUUUGCCAACUUUUGGUCUCUUUUGUGUGUUUGAGUGUUAGAGUGUGUGUGGAAGAGUGUGAGACUGUGUGCGUGAGAGUGCCUUUAAUGAAUUUAAAAUAAAUAAAUUAGAAAAAGACAAAAACAAUAAUAAAAGGCCCUGAACAUCGACAAUUGAAAUGUGUUUGGCGAGAAACCCCUCCAGAGUAUCACACCCUGCCUCCCCGUCACUUAGUCCCCUCUCUGGUUGCACUCUUUUUUGGGCACUUCCCCUCCAUCUACGAAAGAGAAUGGAGUUGUUUAGGAAAUGGAGUAGAAAAUCAAUAAAAUAAGUAUUGUUUGUUGUUUCCGGACUUGCAUUUCAAAAAAAAAAAACAAUGAAAGAGGAAAACAAACCCCCACCGACAGAAACCAAGAGAAAAGCGUACAAUUGUUUGGCCUGAAAUAUCAAGCCCAUUGCAGUGACACAAUUUGGCCCGAAAGGCACUCGACCAUAAAACAGAAUUGUCAUCAGACUGUCAGACACACACACCGCCGGAUUCCAUUGCUGAAUGAUCUAUUUACUCUUCGGCUCUGUUCCUCUCCCACUUUUUGUUGUUGCUUUUUUUGAUACUUUUUUUAAAGAACAUUUAGCACAGAAAAACUAAAUUUAGCUUUCGCUUAGCAGCCAUGAGCAACAUUUACAAAUAUUGUCGCCAACUGCAGGCCAAAUUUGCGGUCGCGUAGCCCCCGGAAAUGUCUCAUGAAUAUCAAUAAUAGAUAUAUAGUGUAUACUAUAUAUAUCCAAGAAAACCAAUCAACCAACCAAAGAACAACCAACAAAAAGAAGAAACGAUCCAAAAGAAAUCAGUUCCUAUGCAGCUACAUUCGAGUUUAAAUGAAAUUGAGCAAGAGCCUGGCAAAUUGUCGCACCAUCCGGCGAUAUUUGCUCAUCUUUACGGCCGUCUCGUUGCUGCUACUGCCCCUCUCUCUGGUCUACCUGGUGUGGAACGAGCAGCUGCAGAAAAUACGUGGAUUCGAGGCCUUUAAUGUGCAACAGCAGCAGCAGCAGCCGCCACAUCAGCAGCAGCAGCAACAACAGCAGCAUCAGCAGCAACAGCAACAGCAGCGGCAGCGGCAGCAACAACAGCAGUCGCAGGGGCAAACAUUUCGAUAUCCGGUGCUGCUGCUGAACAAGAACAAGAACAAGGAUCUGACCGUGGUGGCAACGGGCAAGACAAAGAACAAGUGGCGCUAUGUUGAUAAAGACAUCAAUCAGACACGCCUGCCCCUCAUUCCCGAGUAUGCCGUGCAGACGCUUACGCCGCAGGAAAUGCUUCAGGUGGAGCAGCGAAUGGAUCAGCGGAGGGAGCGACUGAAGGACAAGUGCUCGGCCUAUGGCCUGGAUGUGUUAGGUCACGACUCGUGGCACACCCCAAACACAUGGGAGUUUUUGGUCAACAAAAAGUAUCACAUUAUAUGGUGCAAUGUGUUUAAGGCUGCCUCCUCAUCGUGGAUGUUCAACUUCAAUGUUCUGGCCGGUUACUCACCCAGUUAUUUGCGCAAAACCAAAAAGAUUCUCCUGAAUCUGGCCAGAGAACGCUAUCCGCGAGUGACCCUCGACGAGCUGCGCGAGGCGCAGAAUGAUUCGCUAACCUUUAUCAUUGCACGCAAUCCCUUUGAGAGGCUGUUGAGCGCUUAUCGCGAUAAGAUGGUGUUCGCCCUGCCCUAUUCCUUCCAUGACAAGCUGGGCCGCAGCAUUGUGCGCAAUUAUCGCAAGAAGCCUUCCCUGGUGGCCCGAGCGCCCAACACCAAGUAUCCUUCGUUUCCGGAGUUUGUCAACUGGCUGCUCGACCAGGUGAAGCGGGGCAGCUUCAUUGACAUGCACUUUGUGGCGGCCACGUCGUUCUGCACACCCUGUCUGAUUCGUUUCGACAUGAUACUGAAGUUCGAGUCGCUCACAGAGGAUCAAUUAUAUCUAAUCGAAAAGACUGGCCUGAAAAGGGUGAUAGCGCCCGUGUGGCGCAACAUGGGCAAAGGUGGCCGCAAGACGCACGAACUCCAGCAGCAGUUCUAUGCCCAGCUCACAAGGCACGAAAUGCUGGAGCUAUACGAGUAUUACAAAUAUGAUUUCGAGCUGUUUGACUACGAUAUCCAGGAGUAUCUACAGGUAGCCAGACCAGACGAAUCAUCCGGCAGUCCAACGGCCACAAAGAAUUAACCCAGCUCUAAAUUCGUAGAAUUUGCUAACGGAAUGAAUUAGUUCAACGAAAAUACAUAUUAGCCGUCACAGUACGUAAUUGCAAAUGUUGAUAAUACUGAAUGAAUACAAUAAUAAACUUAAAUAUAUUUAAACGAAA